AUGGACAAACCAGAAACGGUUGAACCGCUGUCGACCAUAAUCGAUGGCCCGGAAGGCUCUGAAGUCCUAAUUUUCAACGAAGCAACAACAACAGAACUGCAAGUCAAAUGCUUCAAGAUUGUAGGAGCGAGUUUCGGCUGGCCGCUCCCAGAAGCGGACUAUAUAGAGAGGGAGAAGUUCCUCAUGCAGCGACCGCUCACGCACAGCAAUGGUGUGGGAAUACGCUGGUGGUGCCUUCAAGUUCAAGGUGGUGAUGGCAGCGGGCGUGUCGUCGCGACUUGCAAAACGCUGAAUAGGGAUUUGCUCAUCCGAACUGCUGCUGGGGGGACCCGAGAAGGACAGGGUUAUUGCAUUGGGGCGGUCGCCACUGAUAAACGAUAUCGGCGAUUAGGUCUUGCUGAAUUUCUAUUGAGGGCUGUCGCGCGGUGGAUGGAUGGAGCUGGAGAGGCGGAGGCGAUCAGCCUUUGUUUGAUAUCGCCGAAUCGAUCAGGCCUCCCACCGACGCAGCCGCUGAUGCCGGAGGACAUCCCAGCACUCUGCGCCCGUGAUAUCGAAAACAUCAAAGCCAAGUUUUCCAAGGAUAAACCUGCAGCUGAUAAAAUCCUCAUGACCACCGGAGCUGCGUUCAUCAGCAGGAAGACUAACGGCGAAGUCCCACCAUUCAGAGGCGCUAUCAACGAAUAUGGAAAGACGUGGGUGUACUGGCAUCAUGACUUUCCAGAUCGCGAGUUGACUAUCCAAAGGGUCGUCACGGCGGCCCAGGCCACAGAGGAUAAGGAAGACGAGGGCCAGCAAAUAGUGACGUUGGCAUUAGCCAGCCUUCUAUUGGCUGCCUUGGACGAGGCUCAGAAGUGGAAGUUGCAUAAGUUGGUCAUAUGGAACCCAACGGCGGAACUGCACCACGUCAUAGAUUUUGUGCAGGAACAGUUUGGUGUGGAUGUGAUAAAUGAGGAGCGGGUAAAUAGCAAUGUUCCUUCAGUGAGGUGGGGAGGAGGAAAUGAGGAUAAGACCAGUGAGGUUGUUGUUUACCACAAACGAAUACUAUGCCUGGAGUUGAGGGCCUCCAGAAGCCACUGUCAUCAUCCUCUGACCCGAUGAAUUGGUUUUUGGGCAUCUAUCCAAAAACAUUAGCUCUCUGUUAAUCACAGUUUGGGUGUUAAAAGGCCUACCAUGCUUAGUUAAGGCCUAAUGGACACAUCUGAAAUGGCUCCUCCAUGUUUCAACCGACC